AACAACCCACCAAAUGCCCAAGCUCACUCACCCACCAAAAUCCCAAAACCCACCAGCCAUCAUCACUUUCUUCCCCAUUUUCAGUUCACGAUAAUUCAUUUCCCUUCACCCGAAUUUCCCAUCAACAAUUGCUCUUAAAAUUGCUUCAUUCCAACAUUUUUAUUUUAUGUAAAAUGAUAAAAUCUUUAUCCUUCAAUUCUCAUCUACUUGUUAUGCUUGGAAAUUUUGGAUUCCAGAACUCACGGAGAGCAACCAGCCAUGGCUUCCUUUUCUGCCUUAAAGACCAAACAAUAACAAAGAUGAAGAAAGAUGCAAGAUUAAGAGUGGAUUCAGAGUUAGAUGGAUCUUUGAGCUUAAGAGUGGUUCCUCCAACCUUGAUAACAGCAGAAAAAGAAGAAGCCAAGGCUGUUUUAACUUUGUUCUUCAAAAAGCAGGGUCUGAGCAACGCAGUUGCUGCAAGAACCAUCAAUAAAUCAGACCUUUUCAUUGAUCACCUCGUCUCAAGACUUCAUUCUGUUCAUAAAUCUCGGUAUCUCGUAGGAAGAGAGCUCACAACACUUGAGAUCAGGGAUGCUCUUAUUCCUUACCUUGAAUCCCUCCUUGAAGAGCAUGGAAGUAUGUUGGCAGAUGUGGUUGAAAAUUUCCCCCACCCACCAAUUAAAGAUAAACCUAUAACACUGGUAUCUCCUCCUGAUUCAGCCCCUGAUUCCAAGCAGGUAAAAGCUGUCUCUCGUGUUACUGAGACAAGCCCUGCAGGGAUGCUCCGUCCUCAAGUUGUUUACCUCAUGGAGCUUGGCAUGGAUCUCGAAAAGAUUAAGUUAAUCACACGCAGGUUCCCGGCCUUUGCUUACUACAGUCUGGAGGGGAAAAUCAAACCCAUCGUCGAAUUCCUUCUUGAACUUGGUGUACCCAAGUCUGAUAUUCCCAUCAUUCUAGGUAAGAGGCCUCAACUGUGUGGAAUUAGUCUCUCCGAAAAUCUUAUACCCACCAUGACUUUCUUAGAAGAUUUGGGUGUUGAUAAGAAACAAUGGGCAAAAGUUAUAUACAGGUUUCCUGCACUUCUCACUUACAGCAGGCAAAAGUUUAAGACUACUGUGGAUUUCCUUUAUGAAAUGGGCCUUUCAUCAGAGAAUGUUGGUAAGGUUUUAACGCGGUGUCCGACCAUAAUUAGUUAUAGUGUUGAGGACAAGCUACGCCCUACAGCUAAGUAUUUCAGGUCAUUGGGUGCUGAUGUUUCUCUUCUUCUAUUACGUUGUCCACAGACUUUUGGUCUUAGCAUCGAGGCAAAUUUGAAGCCUGUAACACAAUUUUUUAUUGAGAGAGGAUACACCUUGGAGGAAAUUGGGACUAUGAUUUCAAGAUAUGGAGCGUUAUAUACUUUUAGCUUGGCAGACAACUUGAUACCAAAAUGGGAUUUCUUUUUAACCAUGGACUAUUCAAAGUCGGAGCUUGUUAAAUUCCCUCAAUAUUUUGGAUACAGCUUGGAGGAGAGAAUUAAACCAAGAAUUGCACUUGUAAAGAAGGCUGGCGUAAGAUUACUGCUGAAUCAGAUUUUAUCGUUGUCAAGUCGGAACUUUGAGAAUGCUUUAAAAAAGAAAAUGAAGCAGCAGCAGCAGCAGCUUACUGACCAAGUUUGACUGAUCCAUACAGAGAGAAGGCAUUUUUUUUUUCUAAGAAUGAGGUGUUUGUUGAUAUCUUAAAAGAGUGAACUUUUCAGAUAUCAAUGGAGAAAGACAGGGUAAGAGGGAAGAAAUGCUUUUAUCGGGCUAUCCAACUUCAGUUGUCUCAGUAUACAGCUACAAUUGCAUAACAUAGCAUCCACAUUGUUAGCCAUGUUCAUGUUUUCUGUGGAUUUCGACUCUCCCGGAUGUAUUACUUGGCUGACUUGUUUGAGUUUGGAGACAAAGGUUACAAGGUUCUCUUCUCUCCAUCUGAUGGGGUUAAUUCUAAAGGCUUGCUGCCUUCUGUCAUUCCUCUCUUCUAUAUGUGGUGAUAUCUAAUGCCCAGAAACAUAGAACGCUUGAUUAUCUUCUUUCAGGGUAGUUUAACAUUUUUGUUGCUUGUAUCUUUCCUACUAAUUCCACCAUAUACCAGGUUUAUUUUUGACAUUUGCAUGUUCUAUCUCUCUGAAUUUUGCGUUGGUAUUAUCUUUGCACAAAUGAGCCCAACUUUAGCUUUAAAAAAAAAAAAUCUUGCAUCAUUGUAACAUUCUGAAUAUUGAUUAUUGGUGAAUAUUAUGUUCUUCCAUCAUUUUUCAUUGUGUUGAGCAUGGAGGAUGGAACUCCUCGUUUUCGAACACUGUCCCUAAUCAGGUCCAAUUGUUUGAUUCAGAGACAUUAAUUAGCGCAUAAACAUGGCAGCCAUCAAGUAGAAAAGAAAAAAGACAAAAAGGCAAAAAACAACGUUCUUCUUACCCUGCAAGGUACUAGGAAGGCUUCUCGAAAUCGUAGUCGCUCAUGGCAGAUAUUUGGUAAUAUUGCAAAUUUUUCUUCCUGUGGAAUGUUACCUGCUUUGCCUUCACUUCCAAUAAUAUAAAACAUAGUUGGCUCUAAUAAGUUGAAAUAUAAUAAAUUUUAUAAUUUACUAAUGUUGAGCAUUUAAUAUAUUUUAUUAAAAUAAUAUUUAAAUUUCUUGAUUGAAUAAAUAAAACACAAUUCAAGCGAUUUUUAAAAAUAUAUAUAUCAACAAUGUUGAUGCUAGUUUUCAAAAUGGUAUGUGAAGUGUCAAUGGUAGUGGUCAGUAUAUUUUGGAAAUUGUUGAUAAUUUUUUAAAUAAAAUUUUUGGAUGGAAAAAUAAUGUUGAUAUUGUGGAAGCAUGAAAAUUUAUCUUUAAAUGUCAAUUCAUUUAAAACAACUUAUCUUGAAGAUUGAAUUAGAUCAGGUCAAGCAAUUGGACCGCUUGAAUUAUAGAGAUUGGAUCAAGACAGAUUUGAAGACAUAUCUUUAAUAGUUCAAAUUAUCUUGGUCAUUAUUAUUAUAUUGUAUUUGCUAGUUUAGUUAUUGUUAAUAAGGGAUUGAAUUGUAAUUGAUCUAACGUGUUGACAAGUCUCGAAACUCUUAUAUAUUUGGGAGACUUGUAUAAGUUUUAUACUAAGUAUUGAGAGUACUGUUCAUUGAGGAACA